UUUUAGUAGUUAUAUUUGUGUGUAUAAUAUACUUGUUUUGAUUGAACAAUUGAUCAUUAUUAUUUUCUAGCUCUAAAAUACGGCACGUUGAUAUUUUUCUUUAUCUACCUAAUAAAUAAAUUUAUUGAUUAAAAAUGGCUACAGUUUUUGUGGGACAAAUUAUACACACCAAAUCAUUGAAAGAAUUUGUCUUUUAUACUAACGGUUUUGUGGCAGUAAACGAAAAUGGAAAGAUCGUUGGUGUGGGUGAAAAUUAUAUGACAUGGCUUUCUACUAAUCCCGAAUUUGCUUCUAAAGCUGUAGAAGUAACCUUAAAUAAGGAACAAUUUCUUAUGCCCGGUUUAAUCGAUUGUCAUAUACAUGCUCCCCAAGUGGCACAAAUUGGUCUAGGUUUAGACAUGCCUUUGUUGGACUGGCUAAGUACAUAUACAUUUCCGUUGGAAGCAAAAUUUUCUGAUCAAGAAUUUGCUGCUAAAGUUUACAAAAAAGUAGUGGAAUCUACAAUUAAAAGUGGCACUACAUUAGCAUCCUACUUUGGUACCAACAACAAGGACAGUACUUUAAUAUUGGCUAAAGAGGCAGUAAAACAAGGACAACGUGCGCUAGUGGGGAAAGUAUGUUCCAAUUGUAAUAGUCCUGAUUUUUAUGUUGAAAAAACCGAGGAAUCUUUAGCCGGCACCAGGGAAUUUAUUAAUGAUAUUGAAAAACUGAAUACUAAUUUGGUAAAACCUACUAUUACACCCAGAUUUGCUAUAAGUUGUUCCAUAGAGUUAAUGAAAAGUUUGGGUGAUUUAGCAAAACUACAUAAUGUACACAUCCAAAGUCAUAUCAGUGAAAGUGUGGCAGAAAUUGACUUUGUUAAAGAACUCUUCUCAUGUUCUUAUGCUCAGGUGUAUGAUCAAGCUGGACUUUUAACAAAUAAGACCGUCAUGGCUCAUGCAGUACACCUAGAAGAUGAAGAAAUUUCCCUAUUUAAAAAAACUGGAACCUCUGUAGCCCACUGUCCUGCUUCAAAUACAAUGUUAAGUUCCGGAUUUUGCGAUGUUUUGCGUUUGAUUGAAAAUGGCAUUAAAGUUGGCCUGGGAACAGACGUAUCUGGUGGGAAUUCAAUUUCUAUACAAGAUGCCAUUUUAAGAGCAUUAGAUGUUUCACAUCAUUUGGAAUUUGUUAAAAAACAAAACAUUAAAGGAACUGGGCAGAUACCAGCAAAUAAGGAUAACACAGAAUAUAAACCUUUGGAUUAUAAGCAAGCUAUAUAUUUGGCCACAUUAGGUGGCGCUGAAGCCCUUGCUCUCGAUGAUGUAUGUGGUAAUUUUGUUGAGGGCAAGGAAUUUGAUGCUUUGGUUGUUGAUACCAGUAUAUAUCCUUUACAUAACUUUGGUCAUUAUAAUGCUGAAGAUUAUGCUAAAAAAUCGGAUGAAUUAAAAUUGUUAGAAAUGGUUCAAAAGUUUAUUUAUGUGGGUGAUGAUCGUAAUAUUAUUAAAGUGUUUGUAGCUGGUAAACAAAUAAAGUAAAAAAGCAUUGAAAAA